AGCCAAGAAAUAGAUGCAAAUUGGAUGUAAAUCUAUCACUGUCUUAGUGGCACUGACAGGCUGUUUGGAGAUUUGACUUGUUUUAAGAAAAUGGAUAUUCAUAUGGUGGCCGGCAACUUGCUCAGGACACAUUUUGCACACAUCAUCAUCCUGGGAAAAUGGACAAAACGGCUGAGGAAGAGAAAAUUAAAAGCAUGUUGUCUGAUGUGCGUCUUAAAAAAAUGACUAUGCUGUUCCAGAUUUCCCUAAUUGUAAUGCAAAGUUCAGCUAGAUUUUUGGUUUAUGUUUGCAUUUCAAAUGUUUUGGAUGAGGAGGAGUGAGUGAGGCAAAGGGUGACAUUUUGUUCUUAACUAAAGGAGCUUUAAGUGGAAAUACCUCACUGGAUGUUCUGAGUCACAAGCGCACACAUUUUUGGAUCAUUUUAAAGUGUUAAUUUAAACCAUCCAGCAAACAGUCUUGCCUCCCUGUUAGUCUUUUGGAGACACAAUGCAGCUGAGCCUGGUCAGGGUGUUCAUAUUCUCAACCCUCUAUCCAGGGUUCGCUCUUAGCCAAAACUCUGGUGUAAAGUUUAUCACCGCUUUUCCUGAGAAUGUAGCCUACUAUCACCCAAUACCACCCACACUCCAGCUGUUGAUCACCUCCUACCAGGACAACACCUGGGUGAAUAUCACCGUAGGAACGCAGGGCCUGGAAAUCAGCAAUGUCCUUUCUGAUUGGGAAGUGUGGCCGGUGGUGCUUUCGAGCCAAGAACGGCAGUGGUACAAUGAAUCACAGAGAACCACGUGCAUCUACAGCAACAGACCAAUCACCGUGCUGUCUGCCAGUAGUAGGAAUGACAGCACAGAGAUCAGCGUAUUGUACCCAGUGAGUAGCCUGGACAACGAAUACUUUCUCACCGCCCCAGCAAAUGCCAAAACGAACGAAUCGUUCAACUUUGUCGUCGUGAACGAGGAAGAUGUAAACAACUUGACCGUGCAAGGGCAAGACGGCGGGAAUGAUGUCCAUCUUCAGCCUUACCGAAGCACUCAGUUCCCCAUCGACCCCCAGUUUUUGACGCAGGUGAAUGCUGAAGAGCUUGUGGCGGUGCUUUUGGGAAACCCCUGCUUGGAGGUAGGUGAGUGUGGCUGCAGCAUGGCGUUCGAGCAGCUGCUUCCAUUCAGCAUGUGGGGGAAGGAAUAUGUCUUGCCGGCACUACCAGCUCCCAGCAGCCUGGAAAGCUUGCUCGUGGUCGGCAGGGCUAAGGACGAACUGAAGAUUUUGUCAAAUCCCAACCUUCACCUCCAGUUCAGCACACCCAGGUCGCUCACCCUCCUGGGGCCCGGCUUCCUCAUGAACCUUCUACCGAUGGAGAACUGGACCUACAACUUCCUGCUUCAUACCUUCUCCAACUUCUCCAACUUUGCCCUGCUGGUGGUGGAGACCUCAGAAAUAGAUGGGCUGAGGUUGAAACCAGUCUGUGAGGUGGACUGUGAUGAACAAAGUGCUUUGUCUGUUAACUGGACCGCAGUUUCCACCACCGUGUAUUCUCAAGGAAUUCUGGAGCUGGACACAUCAAAAAGCACUUAUCUGAUCUGGCAUCUGACCUCCACGAUGGCAGUGUAUACCUUUGGGACACACCUCUAUUCAAACAGGUCCUAUGGAAGUACUGCUUUGAGCCUCCCGAGGGUUACAGGCUACCUGGUUCUGGUCAGGGAUGGGCAGAACUGGACCUCGGCGCUGCAGCAGUGCCAAGCCCUCGGCGGUGCCCUGGGCAGCAUCACUAACGCGGACGUCGAGCUGCAGCUCACCAGUCUACUUAAGGAUUCGGGCCUGGAUGGUGUCUGGAUCGGCCUGCGUAAGAGCGUGUUCACGGGACAGUGGUACUGGCUCAGCAAGGCCCCCUUGGGCACCACUUACUGGGCCAACCACGAGCCCAAAAACAACACACAGGCCUGGUGUGCUGUGGCGUCUCUGGAAGACGACAACAUCAGAUGGAACAGCGAGAUCUGCUGUUCUUCACAUCCUUUCGUGUGCUAUAUGUGAUCGUAGGGCCCUUUGCCUGCUGUAUGGGAUAGAGGGCCCUUUGCCUGUUGUAUGGGAUAGAGGGCCCUUUGCCUGCUGUAUGGGAUAGAGGGCCCUUUGNUGUAUGGGAUAGAGGGCCCUUUGCCUGCUGUAUGGGAUAGAGGGCCCUUUGCCUGCUAUUUGUGAUAUGAGGGCCCUUUGCCUGCUAUUUGCGAUACGAGGGCCCUUCUCCUGCUAUUUGCGAUACGAGGGCCCUUCGCCUGUUAUUUGCGAUACGAGGGCCCUUCGCCUGCUAUUUGCGAUACGAGGGCCCUUCGCCUGCUAUUUGCGAUACGAGGGCCCUUCGCCUGCUAUUUGCGNGGGCCCUUCGCCUGCUAUUUGCGAUACGAGGGCCCUUCGCCUGCUAUUUGCGAUACGAGGGCCCUUCGCCUGCUAUUUGCGAUACGAGGGCCCUUUGCCUGCUAUAUGCCAUAGGAGGGCCUUUCUGUUAGGGCCCUUUGUUUCUUUUCUGUAAUAGCAUCUCCUUUCAGUUAGCGACUAUCCUCAGCUUUUCGUUGGAUUAAGGUUCCUAUUGGCUAAACACUGAGCUUUUCAUUUUUCAGUUAUACUGGGCUGGUAGAGUUUGCCUGUUCUUUACCAUUACUGUGUCCAUUGACUUCUUAUUACAAAGUAUCUUCAAUUCAGAGUAUGUGUAAAUGAACGUCAAGAUUAAUGACAUUAAAAAAGUAUCGGCAGCAUU